GAAGCAUCCGUCUCUUCAAACUAAGAGCUAGAGAAAAACGAGCGCACCCUACGUGUACAAGUAGAUGUAGGAUUUACGGAAGAGGAGUCCCAGGCGUGGCUGAGGAACUUCCGUCUUUUACAACACAAAAAUGACAGCGACUCUGCGCCCCUACCUAAACGCUGUGAGGGCCACCCUGCAAGCGGCCCUCUGUCUGGAGAACUUCUCCUCUCAGGUGGUGGAGCGUCACAACAAGCCGGAGGUGGAGGUCAGGAGCAGUAAGGAGCUGCUACUUCAACCCGUGGUGAUCAGCCGUAAUGACAAGGAGAAGGUUCUCAUUGAGGGAUCCAUCAACUCCGUCAGAGUCAGCAUUGCUGUCAAACAGGCUGAUGAGAUCGAGAAGAUCCUUUGCCACAAGUUCAUGCGCUUCAUGAUGAUGAGAGCGGAGAACUUCUUCAUUCUGAGGAGGAAAGCAGUAGAGGGGUAUGACAUUAGCUUCUUGAUUACCAACUUCCACACGGAGCAGAUGUACAAACACAAGCUGGUGGACUACGUCAUCCACUUCAUGGAGGAGAUCGACAAGGAGAUCAGCGAGAUGAAACUGUCCGUGAACGCCAGGGCCCGCAUCGUCGCUGAGGAAUUCCUCAAGAACUUCUGAUGGCAGCUUUGGUCGCACACAGGCUGGAAAAAUCGAGGCGUAAACGAGGAGAUGAGAGGAACGACACCAAUCCGGCGAUGACACCUUUUUGAGUAUUUCCCUGUACUCAUGACUAUCAACGACUGUAUAUAAUGAAAUAUUCACCAGUUUCAUUUUCAGCCACGUAGAACAAAUCCCCAUUCAAAGGCGGGUCCUUAUAGUAUUAAUCAAGUUGGUACCCAUGACUACAGGGGCAUUGAGAGCGUGCUGUUGCAAAUUAAUUGGCCAGGUUUUUGUAUUUCGUCCGUGGGGGUAUGCGUGAUCUGUCACUGGUGUUCUAAAUUAGUUUCCAAAAAGUCUCUUGUUUGCAGAAAGUAGUCCGUGUCACAGGGCGAGAGCUUUCCGUCAAGAAGCCACCAAAACAUAUGUAUGAAAAUAAUAAUAAAACUCGGUUGUUUAUA